CUUGACCAUUAAAACAUACUUUUGUUGCUAAAACUGGUCAAUUUUGCCAUAUUGAAUGAUCUAUGUGAAGCUGUCACCAUAUGAAAGGUAUGAACAAUGCCUGGAAGUGUCUAAAAAACCCUUGACUAUAAAACAGUGCAGAAAACUAACCAACAUGCCGUAUACUUGUCAUUUCUUUCAGUGAACAAACCUGUGAAGACAAGAUGAUGCACGACAAGAUUCAACUCGUUGUUUUGCUCGCCCUAACAGGAAUCCUGUCCAAGACUUCAGGCGUUCCGUAUCGAUUUGUUCUGAUCGAAGGGCCGAAGACCUGGACAGAAGCGCAAUCGUACUGCAGGGAGAAACACAUGGAUCUGGCGACGGUUCAGAGCGAUGAAGACAGAGCCAAACUAAAGGAGGCAGCAAACGAUGUGAACUUUCAAUCUUUCGCCUGGAUUGGCUUCUACAAUGGUGUCCUCACCUGGCGUUGGUCGUAUCAAAACACGGUGAUCAGCUACACAAAGUGGGAAUCCUGGCAGCCGGACUCGGGCCGCACAGAUGAAGCCUGUGCGUUUGUAGACAGAAACCAACGAUGGGGCGAUGCGACCUGUCUUCUAGAAAAAUAUUUCUUUUGCCAAACUGACGAGAAAGGAAGUGCAAAGUUCAAAUACAUCAAAAUGAGCAUGAAGUGGCGUGAAGCUCAGCUUUACUGCAGAACGCUCUACACAGAUCUGGCCUCCGUUACAGAUGACACUGAGAACACGGCCCUCACAAAUAUAAUUUCUGCAAAUAACGGCUUGGACGCCUGGAUCGGCCUGUCCAAGAACCUGUGGCUGUGGUCAGACCAGACCAAUGUGUCGUGGUCCUCUUUGACAUGGGAGUCCGGACAGCCUAAUAAUGUGAACGGAAACGAAGAGUGUGCAUGUGCCGGGACUGAAGGACAGAUGGCCGACGAUGCCUGCUCGACUCUACGGGCAUUCUACUGCAAAACCCCUGAAGUGAAAAAACAGCUUGUGAGAGUGGCAGUGAAAUCAUCUGGAUAUCUGGACGAAUCUGCAGUGAUGAAGGCCAUCGAAAAGAAGAUGAAUCAGAUCCUCUCAGAUCAGGGAAUGAACAACAUAAUAUGGCGAGUUCAACCCGAUGGCAAGAUCUUCCACCAGACAAACAACACAGAAAAGACGUCAACAGCAUGUGAAGAACACUGACAUCGAUAAUAACUCAUAAAAAUAAGGAAAUGUUUAUGAAUCUCUGGAGGUUUUUAUGAUAAAUUUGUUUUUGACAUGAUGACAUAUUUAACAGUUUAUGCAUUGAUAUUGUUAAUUCAAUACUUUACAUACUCUUAUAAUGUAUAAUUCAUUAAAAAAAAAAAAUAGUCUAGCAUAUUGGGUUCCUCUAGGUACUAAAUCAU